AUGAGUUGCACUCUGCAAAACAUCGUCAACAGCGAUAGUGUGGAUAACUAUUAUUAUGCUGCAUAUGCUGCAAAUGCUAAGAUAGCUCUUGGAUCAGCUCAAUUGAAUAAAAUGCUUGCUAACAGCACCUUUCUUGAUCUUCCAUUUACUUUAAUCCUCUUAAAAGAAGUGAUUGAGUAUUUACAAUCUGUCGAAAAUCUUCUGCAAGCCAGACCUACCCAUACACAUCAUACUGAGCAUGCGCUAUAUUACCUUUGUCAAUCUAUUGAUGCAUUCAGCCGAAGCUGUAAACAUUUGGUCAAAACAGCAACGGAGACAAAACGUGAAAUGAAUAAUGAUCCAUUCAAAACACCACCACGAUUGGAUACGAAUGAUUUCGAUAUAUGGACGGAUGUACUUAAUCAGACUAAACAAACAUUAAAACAAUGCACGUUGAUAAUGGCUGCUGGCAUUAAUCUUGCUAAAACGAAACAGGCUACAGCAAAGCGUGCCAUAACAAUCAGUCAAUCUUACGUUGAAACUAUGAUUUUACUUUCCCAAAUGCAAUUCAAGGUUCAUGAUAACAGCACUUACAAACAAGCCUACGAGUAUCUAAUCAAAGCAGAGAAGAUGUGUAGUGAUACAUUAUAUCAUCAAGGCUUUGGUUAUCUCGCAAGUGCUUAUUAUAAUCUAGGCAAAAUGAUGAUCCAAGCUAAUAAGCACUCCGAAGCAACUUCAGCUCUUAAAAACUCUAUUCAAUUGCUGGAAAGAGAUGUCAAUCGUGCUAAUACAACGAGUGGUAAACUACAUCUAUGUAAACGAUACGAGCUUUAUGGUGUCUGCUGCCAAGCUGCAAGAAGAAUGGACGAAGCCAUUCAUGCGUACCGCACUGCUAUGCAGAGAAUUCCAACAGCUGCUCUCAAAUCAUUCGCCAGCAAACAUGAUACUACAUCUCCUUCAACUAGAAUGACUGAAGAGGGAUUUUUAACCAACAUUAUUGAGAAGUAUUUGGCAGUAUCAGUGGCCGAUCCAACGGCCCAAAGUAAUGUUCAAAUUGUAGCCGAUAAUUUCCCCUCUAUGUCUGAUUUUCCUAUCAUCCAACAAUGUUUUAUACUUGAAAGUGAAUUGAAAGUUUGCGGUAAACUGUCAUCAAAGAUGGAUUUACUUAGUCAUCAGCAAGUUAUUAUUGAUAGAUUAUUGAAGAUGUAUGACAGACGAACUUACCCUAUUCGCAGAGCAAGGUAA